AUGUUUGAAUACAGCAAUAAGUUUAACAUUUUUCUGAAGUUUAAUAAUGAAUCAGGCCAUAUGGCUGAAGUUCAUGUGAUAGGCCAGGUUACUGGAGCAAGUGGAUUCGGCAGGAGUUCCCUUUUCUGCAAGUGGACUCUACAGCUAGGUGGAGGGUGGAGAGUCAUUGAAGGGCUGGCUGAAGGGCAGACCCAAGCAGAUUGCUCCGAGGUUGGUGACACAGUUAGCUGGUGCCAUCCUGUUGAUAUUCAUCUAACAACACGGGGUAUUCAAGGAUGGCCACGGUUAAUGAUUCAGGUUUACAGGCAAGAUGAUUUAGGUCGUUUUGACCUCUGUGGUUAUGGCAUUAUACAUGUUCCAAGUCGACCUGGACAUCACUCAGUAGACUGCCCAACUUGGAGACCAACAGGGACAUUUGCAGAAGAAUUAAGGCGAUCCUUUUUAGGUGGUGGUCCACAGCUACUGUCUACGGAGUUUAUCCAUUCUGGAUUAGAACGUUAUAGAUUGCGCACUAUACCAUCAGGCACUGUCCACUUCGACUUAGGGAUUAUCCUCAGGAAUUUUGACAAGUAUGGAGUAAUGUACUAG